AGGGGAAGGAAGUGAGCGUCGUGCGCCACCGGCUCAUCAGCAAUCGAUCGACAGCAGAUCAAGCGAGAAGAAAAGCUAGAAGACCUUACUUGCUCAUCAGCAGCUCACCGCCAUGGCAGCCGCCCCCUCCCCUGUCUCCGUCAGGACCGCGGCCUCCGGCUCUGCUGGGAACCUCCCUUCCUGGGCGGCGCGGAUCGGCGGUUCUAGCAGGGUCGGGUUCGGCGGCAGGACGAGCGUCAGCGGGGCCGCCAGGAAGAGCGGCGCCGUGCGGGCCUCGCUGUUCUCGCCCAAGCCGGCGGUGGCCAAGGACGCGCGGCCAACCAAGGUGCAGGAGCUGCACGUGUACGAGCUCAACGAGCGCGACCGCGAGAGCCCCGCCUACCUCCGCCUCAGCGCCAAGCAGACCCAGAACGCGCUCGGCGACCUCGUCCCCUUCACCAACAAGGUGUACAACGGGAGCCUGGACAAGCGGAUCGGGAUCACGGCGGGGAUCUGCAUCCUCAUCCAGCACGUGCCGGAGCGCAACGGGGAUCGCUACGAGGCCAUCUACAGCAUCUACUUCGGCGACUACGGCCACCUCACCGUGCAGGGCCCAUACCUCACCUACGAGGAGUCCUACCUCGCCGUCACCGGUGGCUCCGGCGUCUUCGAGGGCGCAUACGGACAGGUCAAGCUCAACCAGAUCGUCUUCCCCUUCAAGAUCUUCUACACCUUCUACCUCAAGGGCAUCCCGGACCUGCCCAGGGAGCUGCUCUGCACGCCCGUGCCGCCCUCACCCACCGUCGAGCCCACGCCGGCUGCCAAGGCCGCCGAGCCGCACGCCUGCCUCAACAACUUCACCAACUAGCUACUACUACUACUACUGCAUCUAUACCGGCUGGCGGGUGCCCACCACGAGUUACGAGUACUAUUCUUGAUGUUGUACUAUGGCUAGCAAUAAGAGUUCGAUGGCUAGUAGUAUGGGCUUCUGAUUCAUCAGUGUUAAUGCCGGCCGUUGUAUCACAUACAAGUUAGAAAGGAUAUCGAUCCAUGUUUUGUUCUUUCA